UCUCUCCCCCCCCCCCUCGCCCUGUUCCUCUCUUUCCCUCCACCUCCUCCCCUCUCAGCCACUUCCCUCGCCCCCCGGUCAUUUGGCUCUUCCUUCUUCUCCGACUGCUUGGACCUCCUCAGCCAUGACGGGGUUUGAGCUGUUCACCGGUGAGAGCUGCUCACUCUCCCAGCUGAGCCUCCACAUGCAGGGCCUGUUGAUGGGCUUCGCUUUGAGUCUGCGCACCGAGAAGCACACCCCACCGUCCGGGCCCGACAUUUCCUCCAUCGCUGUCUUCGCCGGGAAUUUCUUCUCCGCCCUGCAAAAUAUCACACAUACCUUCACCCAUGAGGUCAGCACCACUUCGGAGUUUGCCAUUCGCUACCUGCUGGCCUUGUAUCUCUUCCGCGGAGAUGUCAGCCUUGCCAACCAGGCUGUCAAUGGCCAGCUGCCAGGCAUGAUCUCCAAUCGCUGUUCGACGGUCUUCGACAAGAACGACGUCUUCUAUCGCUGCCAGGACUGCUCUUCCGACGAGACGGUGGUCAUCUGUGCCGAGUGCUUCGACGCCUCGGACCAUGAUGGUCACAAUGUCACCUUCUACACGGACUCCACCUCCGGAUGCUGUGACUGUGGCGAUGUCACUGCAUGGACUCGCCUGCCCAAGUGCAAGAUCCAUACGGCGGCGGCCGGCACGGAAUCCAAGAACAAGCUCACAGCCGACCAGUCCAACUACAUGAUGCAUGCCAUCCAUGCACUACUCUACUUCGCACGGGACAUCCUCCUUCGGCACAAGAUCCCCCGCGCGCAUCAGUACCACGACUUGACCUACUUCCCCCGGUGCAAGGUCCCGCAUUAUUCUCAGUCCGAGCAUCGGCCCUCGCCCUACGAGAAUCUUCAGCGGGUGGCGUACACUCCGCCGAUGCACCCUUCGCCCAACCACUACACGAUGCUCUACAAUAAUGACAUCAACACCUUCGAUCAGGUCAUCCACUUUUUGGAAUCCAACCGGUUCAUCAAGUCCAGUGAGCAGGGAAGCGCGAUCGCCGAAACCAUCGACGAGAUUGGUCGUGCGGUCAUCCACAUCUCGCCUGUGCUGCCCAAGGACCGUCUUGCCCAGCUGGCCAACUUCGCUCCUCUUCAGGCGUCGGUCACCUCGCAAACGCAGCUCCAGUCCGAGCUGGUCGUCGAGAUCCUCCUGUCGAGCCUUUUGCAGAUGUGCCAGAGCAGCGCCUGUAUCCGGAACGCCACGUGCCGUGCCUUUGCCGAAGAGUACCGCCCGGUGCCGGACUCGGUGUUUGAUGAGCUUGCCACCAUUACUCGGCGUUUCCGUCUGUUGAAUUCCUACCUCAACACGUCUGUCUUCCUGUGGAAGCGUGUUCGCAACAUCAUCCUGUCACUGCUUCUGUCGACGGUUAUCAUCUCCAAUAAGCGACACUUGGUGAUCACCUGUAUGGAGUUUGUCAUUAGCAUCCCCUUGCUUAUGAACAAUCUCGUGCUCAUUGACGCCGAGACAAACUUCAACAUCUUCUACAUGAUCACCCAGAUCAUCAGCUGUACCGAGAUGACCACCCUCUUCCGGUGCCAGGAGUGGAUCCUGUCGACGCUUAUCCCCGUCUUCAAGAAGCUCCCUGCCGGCAGCAAGUCCCGCCAGCGUUUCAAUGAGAUGGUCCAUCGUGCUGGUGAUGCGCUUAGUACCCCUGAGGCUCACCGCAAUGUUCUAGACACCAAAUCCCUGCAGAUCAUCAUCGACCUCGCUGGCUGCAUGAUUUCCCAGACGGUCUUCACUCGCCGGACCACAUCGCACGUAGAAAUCGAGAACCUUGAGUGGCCUACUGUCUUCAACAGCAUCAUCCACUUUUCCCAAUUGGCCAAUGCCUUUAUCAACUGCUUCCGUUCAUCCACCCCCCUCCAGCGGAAUGAGCUCCUGCGUCACAUCUACAAGCAGCUCCCCAUGAAGGACUAUGAUCCGCUCUUGAACCCGGACACCGGUCUGCUGGAUCACUGCAUCAGCCAGCAGGGGGUCAUCGUCGCGAUCCCACUCUCCUGGACCUUCUCCAAGAUGGUCUCCGCCAAGGCCAUCACCUCGCUAGAGCCCAUUAUCGCAGCCCUCUGGCCUUCGGGCGACCCAUCAAUCCAUGUCCAGCGGACCAUUCAUCCUCCACUGGCCAUCUUCGCCCUGAGCGCUCAGUUCAAUGCCAACCUUUGGCGGCGUAAUGGAUCGUCCUUCACCGAGAUGCUGCUGUACUAUCGGUCGUCCCUGUUGCAGGAGAACUCCUCAAUGGGCGAUCUGUUCCUGAUGCAGCUGGCUGCCGCCGGGCUCAUGGACGCGGAUGUGCUCGUGCGCCAGGCGGCCAAGCACUUCGGCCUGCUUGAGUGGCUGCUCCCGGGUGGGGUGCCGCCCUCUCGGACCCGGGCUCUCAGCUCGGGCGACGAUGGGGAGAUGUCAUCGCUGCCGCCGCUUUUGCGCCCGCGCGCCCCGCCCUUCGACCUGGACAAUACCCUGGCUCUGAUUGAGGAGUUCCUGAUCUUCCUGUCGGCCUUGAUGACUGAUCGCCUGGCCGUGGCCCAGCAGGGAGACCUGCACACCUACUCGGAUGCCAUUUGCAAGCUGCUUCUCACCCAGUCCAUCUUCAGUGGCAUCAAGCGCCAUUCGGAGAUCAUGUCUACCCUGCCGUCGGACUUCCAGAGCGACCCCCGGUCGCGUGCUCUCCUGGCCUCGAUCACCGAGCUGAUUCCGGCCGAGCCGGGCACCGCGGCUGCCAGCAAUCCCAACGCGGUGGCCGGCAAUCACUGCAAGCUCCGCAACAGCUGGCCCAUGCUGGGGUACUUCAACCCGAGCAACAUCCACAUGUGCCGCAUGCGUCGGAGCCGGUCGGCUGCCACGGUGCUCGGCAUGAUGGCCAGCCUGACGCCGGGGGACUUUGUCCCGGCCUCGCUGCCGGUGCCUGGGCUCCGUGUUCCGGGCGACAAGCUGCUGUCCACCGUCACCCCGGCGCACUACCACUCGCUGCUGGAUGCGCGACUGGAUUUCCUGCACGAGUAUCAGAUCCGGCCGGCCCUUGCGCGGCUGCCGGCCAGUGUGGCCCAGUGCCGGAAGGCGCAGGCCGGCCUCCCGGGCCUUGCCACGCCCCGUGGCUUGCAGGACUUCGCAUGCAACGAGUCUCUGCUGGCCAUUGUCCAUUCGCUGCUGGCCACCUUCUGUGUGGCGUAUGAUGCGAGCUUCGCGCGCAUCCCGCCGCCCAAGCGGUCCGGCGACACGGAGGCCCUCACCUCGCCGUCCAUCAUCGCGCAAUUGCUGCAGCUCCUGGCCGAUGCCCUGGCUCUGGAGUUGGUGUUCGCUGAGACCGAGGCGGGUGCCGGCCGGGGCCGGCGCUUUGCCGGGCUCCUGACCACCCUUGCACUGCCGAUGUCGGACAUCGACUUGUCCGAGAGCCAGCGCUUCUCGAUGCCGUCGCUCCUGCGUCGGUAUCUGGCCCGCGGGUCGGCCAGUCAGGCUGGACCAUCCUCCCCGCAGGGGGAUGCGACGAUGGCCAAUGCCGAGGCGCCUGUCAUCGGGCCCCCGGGCGCCGGGCAGUUGGCAAGCAGCCCGGCCACCGUGGUCGACCUGCUGGCGUAUGUGCAUUUCCGCCUGACCCAUCGCGAUGCGCCAGGCGCCGGGCCGGCAUCCGCCAGUGGGCCGGCGGCUCCGGCCGAUGCCGAUGCCGGUCUGAGCCAGUCGGCCGACUAUACCAAGCUCCUGGGCUAUAUGUCGUGGAUUUCGGCGGCCCUCGAUCGCCUGGGGCUUGGCGAGUGCCUGACGACCGCCUAUGCGGCCGUCACGGCGGCCAAUGAUGCGCUGCUGGCCGAGGCCGGUGUUGGGGCCGCCAGCGACUCGGCCUCCAGCCCGGCCCUGUCGGCCGAGGAGGCUCAGCGCCGCAAGGAGGAAGAGCGCAAGCUCCGCUGGCAGCGGAUCCUCGACAAGCAGAAGGCCUCGGUGAGCACCUUCAUGGCCAACCAUGAGGACCUGCUGAAGGACGGCCUCUUUGAGGAUGAGGCGGCGUCGGCCGGCGUCUCGGAUGAGGAGGGCCUGCAGGUGGGACCCGAUGCCGGGGCCGGCCCCGGGGCCGAGCCGGCAGCCAUGCGCCCCGUGCGCGAUGGCAUCCACCCGUUCUUCACCUUCUCGCGAAGCAACUCGUGUGCGGUGUGCCGCGAGGCGCUGACCCCGGCCGCCCCGGGUGGGUAUAUUGGCCUGGUGCAGCACUCGUCGCUUCCGCGCCGGCAGUUUGCCAUGUUGGAUGUGACGGCCGCCCCGAGUGUGGCCUCGAGUUUGCUGGACUCGGCUGACAUGGCCGCAACCGGCCCCCCCACCCCCCGGUCCAUUGCCACGGCCGAGACCGGGCACCAGGCCGCGUGUAAGCGCAUCGACGCGCACCUGGCCGCGCGCCUGGACCCCAAGGCCCCGGCCUCCGAGCAGCUGGUCGAUGUGGACCUGAACCAGCCGUGGCCGGUGCAGCGGUCCUGGACCCCGCAGCAGUCCAACUGCUUCGCCUCGACCUUCACCUCGCCGGCCGGGUCCUUCGUGUCGACCUGCGGACACACGAUCCACUUUGGAUGUGCCGCGCCAUUGAAGCGCAUCCAGGUGGACAUCGCCGAGCCCUAUCAGUUCCUCCGGUGCCCCGUCUGCCAGGAGACCUCGAAUACGGUCCUGUCGUUGGCGGCCGGGCCGUUGAUUGCCCGGCAGCUGCCGGCCGUGGCGCCCUUCCAUGCGUGGCUGGCCACGGCCUCCGGGGCCGGGUACGACCAGCUGGUGGACUUCCAUGUUGGCCGCACGGCCUUCACCCAGGCGGACCUCCUGCCUGGGCACUUUGCCCACUUGACCAAGAAGCAUUUGACCCAGUGGUGGACGGCCCAGCAGCCGGGGCACUUGCUGGCCCUCUUCUUCGAGGUGCUGUCCCUGGGUCCCAAGGUGGCUGCGACCGGGCCGAUUCCUGGGCACCUCCUGCGGCCGGUGGCCCAGGACCCCACCCGGGCUCCGGGCCUGGCGGCCUAUGCCCAGAUGGUGACGGCGACGAAGGCCCCCGGCGGGCCGGCCUGCCGAGCUCCGCCGGUCCCGGCCUUCCCGGUGCCGGUGGUGGCCGCGGCCCUGACGCACCAGCCCCUCAGCCCCCUGGUGGAUGACGGGUUCUUCUUCCCCCAGGCCAUGCCGGACAAUAUCCAGUCUUUCCGCCUGCGGAAUCUCUUCCCCCGGGUGUUGGCGUGCUCGGUGCUGGCACACACCAUCCGGUCGGUGGAGGCAGCCCAACGCGGCUGCCGCCACCCAACCACCGGCCUGACCCUGGUCGAUGCCGAUGGCCGGGCCAUUUCCCGCUCCGGCGACAUCACUGGGCUCUUCCUGGAGACGAUCGGCCUGCGUGAUGUGUUGGCCUUGCGCACUGCCCUGGACACCUUCGCUCUGGCGGCUUUGCGCACGCCGCUCAGCCUGCCGGCGCUGGAGUCCAACGCCCUCGCUCUGGCACGCAUGCUGUCGGUCGGGCAUCAUGACAUGACCAACAAACUUGACCGGACCACCUUCCUCCGCGUGCCGGCGCUGGAGUCCGUCCUGCUGGUGUGCCUGAUGAACCGCAUCUCCGAGCUGGUCUUCUCGCUGGACCUCGGCCAGCAGAGCCCGGCCAUGGGCGAGGUCGAUCCGGCCACGGCGGCUCUCCUGUCGCGGCCCCUGCCGGCGGAUGUCUUCAAUUGGAUCCGGGUGUUCCUCCUGCGCGAGGUGGUCAAGGUGACCCUGCGCUUUGUGGCCGAGCAUCCGGGGCAGUUGAGCCCGGUGGAUGCCGGCUCGGAGCCGUCCUUUGUCGAGUGGCUGGGCCCCCGGUCGGCUUCGGUGGCCGCGGGGGCCCCCUCUCCGGGCACGGUUGCCGGCCGGGCCCUUCUGGCCCAGGACAAUGCCGCGGUCUUGGGGGAUCUGGCGGGGCUGAUCAGCCGCGUGGCCUUGGGCCAGGACUUUGCCAUGGGCCCCGGGCUCUCGGCCAAGCUUCUGCGCCUGGUUCGUGCCUAUACGCUGCCGCUGCUGCGGCAGUUUGCGCUGCUGGUGUUUGCGCUGCUGGGUGUGCCGGUGCCGGUGCCCGACGAUUCGGGCGACCACCCGGCCGCCAUGUCCGAGUGGGACCUCCUGGCCCGGUACCUGGAGCUGCCAUUCGACCUGCGGUCCUUGUUUGAUGGGGGCCCCGGCGCCGGCGCCGGCGCCGGCGCCGGCGGAUCGACUGAUGCCCGGUGCUCGGUUGCCGCCAUGGAGGUUGACCAUGUGUCGGCUCCGCUGUCUGACGGUGUCUCCCAGGCGAUCACCCUCUCUGGGCACCUGGUGGCCGCAUGGGUGACAGCCGAGGCCACUCCGCCGGGUGGCUCCGCGGGGGUCAUGUCCUCCGACACCGGUGGUGGCUUGUCGCCCGGCCCGGUGGACGCCGGCCGGUGGGAAAUGAUGCCGGUCCGGCAAAGCCCGACGGUCAGCCCGGACCCCGGGUACCUGCCCGGCCGGGCGGCCGUCCUGCACCUGGAGCACCCCUUCGUCUAUGAGACGGUGUACCUUCCUCAGACGCUGGAUCGACUGCUGCGACUGGCCGGCAGCCCGGAGUAUCACUGCACCUCCUGCAGCAAGCCGGCCUCCAGCCGGGCCACUUUCUGCCUGCUGUGCGGGGAGGUCCUCUGCUUGCGGCCCGGCUGCCGGUCGCCGCCGACGGCGCGCUUCCGUGAGGGCGGUGCCAGUCGGGUGAUCUCACUCCAGGCGCCGCCCAGCGUGGAGGAUUGUCUUUCGGAGCCCGAGUCACCGGCAGAGGAGGAAGCUCCGUCAACUCUGCCGGCUACUCUCUCCUCGAGCGUACCCGCGCGUGCUGGGCUGCCCAGCCUGGCGGAGGUUGAGCCCUACUGGUCGCAUGUCAGCUAUUUGGCCGAGGCCCAUGCUCCUGCAUGGACGCGCUUUGUCGUACGCCCCGGCAUCGUGUGGCCGGCUACGCCCGAGAUGUUGGCCGCCAUUACUGGCGGGGCCCUUCCCCAUGCCGGCGGCACGGCGGCCGACCAUGCGAACAUCGAUUCGGCCGGCGACCAGUCGGAGCUCGGCCACCGAGUGGGCGGCCGGCAGGGGUCGUCCCGUUCUGGGUCUCGAAUUUUCCGCCACUCGAAGACCCCCGAGCAGGCGUCUCUCGAUGCCAUUCGCGGGCACCUUGGCCUGCGGGAUAAGCUGAUCGAGCGUGGGCUGGCCAUCCUCGCGGGGGCCCCCGGGGAGCCGGAGUUGGCCCUGACCGAUCCCCUACGAGAGGACCUCCUCCGGCGCCGGGCGACUGCCGAGGGGCAGCCCUCCUCCGCGUCGGAGCCAGGCCCGGAGCCGAGUCGCAAGCGCCGGCGCUCGGCUGAUGAUCCCUCGGUGACCGCGCGCUUCGAGGAGGUCCCCGGCUGGCGGGCACGUCAGCGAAUGGAUGCGGCCGUGCUGGCGGCCGAUGCGGCGGCCGACGCCUUCGGCAAGAUCAUGCGUACUUGGUUGCAGGCACGCCGGUUCCGCGUCCGACGGCCGAACUUCGCCGUGCGGCCGGUCCUUUCCGGGGACAUCCCGAUUGAGGAUGUGCCACGAGUGCGGGCCGAGUUGCGUGCGCGGCGGCGCCGGCAGGCCUCCGCCCGGGCUGCCCCCAUGGACGACAUCCCGGCGGAGGUGGCCGACGAAAUGCGGUCCCCGGCGGCCGGAGGCACCGGGCCACAGUUGCACUACGCCCCGUCGGUGGAUGACAGCGAUGCCUUGACCGGGGACUGGCGGGCCAUCAUCGCUUGUGCGUCGGCCAUCGCCUCGGCCGCCGGGCCCGGGGGGAUAGUUUCCCACGCGGCGGUUGAGGACGCCCGGCGGCUGUUGUUCCGGCUCUAUGGUGGCAGGGACAUUGAGUGA